CCAAAGUCCUGUUCGACAUCCUGCUCACUCAUUCCUUACAGCAACAAGAAGGUCGCAAAUAGCAGUUUCUCACAGAUCAGAAUAGACAUCGCAAGAUAAAAUGCUUGGGCAGGCUGUUCGGCGAUUCACAACCUCUGCGGUUCGCUCUUCGCAUUACUCAGAGGGACCGGGAAAGAACCUUCCGUUUUCGGUUGAAAACAAGUGGCGUCUGCUGGGCAUGAUGGUGGUGUUUUUCGGCAGUGGUUUCGCUUUCCCCUUCCUUGUUGUCAGACAUCAGCUGCUGAAGAAGUGAAGUGACUGUGCCUUCCAUGCGGCAUUCUCGGUGUGCACCAUGAACAUGUCUAUCCAUCAACGUUCUCUGCACUUGGAAAAAUGGGAUUCCCCUAUUUUGUCUUUGUAAAUAAAGUUGACCUAAAUGUA